GAAUUUAUCAUGUGUGAAUUUACAAACAUAUUGUGUCGAAUCUGCCGUGCUGGUUCACAGUCAGUAGAGGAAGAUGGCGGUCCCUACAAAACAGUACGGGCUGAUCUUGUCACAGAAGAAAGGAGCAUCGAAGACAGCAAUCCUGCAGAAACCCUCAGUGUUCGGGGAUGACUCAGACGAUGAGACCUCAGUUGGGGAGAGUCUGCAGAGGGAAGCUGUUAAAAAGAAGAUGAUGAAGCAGACACGUUUGGAGAUGCAGAAGGCCCUGGAAGAGGACAGCACAGUAUAUGACUAUGAUGCUGUGUACGAUGACAUUCAAAACCAGCGACUAGAGAGCAACAAAGCAAUUCUGCGAGGCACUGACAAAAAGCCAAAGUAUAUCCACCAAUUAAUGAAAGCUGUUGAAGAUCGAAAGAAAGAACAAGAACGAAGGGAAGAGAGGAAGAUCCAGAAGGAAAGAGAGGCAGAGGGAGAGAAGUUCGCCGAUAAAGAGGCUUACGUCACCUCCGCCUACAAGCAGAAACUGCAGGAGCAGAAGGAGGAGCAGGAGAGAGAGAACAGAGAGGCAGUGAUGGAAGCUGCUUUGGACGUGAAGAAACAAAAAGACCUGAGCGGUUUCUACCGGCACCUGCUGAAUCAGACAGUGGGAGAGGAGGCAAUACCAGAUCGCUCAGCAAACAAAACUCAAACCUCAAAGGUUUCAAAAGAUGCAGAGAGGACUUCCCCUGUUCCCUCAUCUACAUCCCAUGAUAAUAUCCCAAGUUCAUGCAGCGACAGUGAGGAGGGGCAUGAGCAAAAGUCUGGGUUUAGUAAGCCUGCGGCUGGCUCUACACACUCAAAACGUCAAUACAGACAGAGGUCGCCUUCAUCAGGGAGCGGAGAGGAAAAGGAGAGGGAGAGAGAGAGAGACAGACAUAAGAAGAGCCACAGAGACAGAGGGAGGGAUAGAGAUAGAGACAGAGACCGAAACAGGGGAAGGGAUGACAGAUAUGACAGAGGAAGAAGAGACGACAGGGAUAGAAGGAAAGACAGGGACAGAGACCGAGGGAGAGAAGAUGACAGAAGCAGAGGCAAGGGGGAGACAGAGAGGGAAGACAGGCACGGAAAGAGGGAGAGGAGCCCUAAAGAGAGAGAGCGGGAUAAGAAUGGGGACAGAGAGAAGAGGAGGAAUUCAGAUGAAGACAAGCGAAAGGACAAAGAUCUAGAAGAGGAGAAGGAGAGGAGGAAGGCACCAGGGAAGGAGAUGGCGGUGAAGAGUGAAGAGAAAGAUCCAGAAAACAAGGAAUCAGUCGGAGAACCAAAAAUGGGAAAAGAGAGACAGGAAGGCACGGAGAAAGAGGAAUCGGAAGAGAAGGCAAACAAGUUUGCUAAGCGCAGCACAGAUCAGACUGUGAGCUCGGCGAGAGAUAGGUACAUGGCCAGACAGAUGGCACGCUCGGCCUGUAAGACCUAUAUAGAGAAGGAGGAGGACUGAGAGCUGUCCAGCACACGCCGCAAGCAUCCCUGAACUGGACACAGCCUUUAUCUCAAUUUAGAGGAAAUGGCUAAUGUUUUACCUUUUUUUUUAUUUAAUUUUUUUUUUUUUUCAACAAAUCCCAUGAAAAUAAUAAAACCAACAAUGAAUUAGUUUUUUCUUCUAGCAAUAAUUUAUGAUAUCCCUACCCUGUUACCCCAUUAGUUCCUACUGAAGAUAUAAAUAAAAAAAUAAAAAAACUCGUCACAGAUAGGAAGUUUCUUUUCAAAGCUCAAUCACUUCCUUAAAUAGCACUGUAGUUUUCAGCACAUGUUCCCCAAUCAGGAAUAAAUAGUACAUUUGUUGGGGACUAUUUUCAGUCAUAAAUAAACAUUUGGUACACUAGUGAGUAUUUACAGUACUAGAACAGUGUCUGUGGAAUAACUAUAGUGCCCAUGAUCGUUGUAAUGAAUUAACAUGUCACCCAGUGCAACAGUGAGGCGCAUGUGUUUUAAGCUUUUGAACAAUAGAGUAGGACGGAGGAAUAAUCAGGGGUUAUCAGGCUUUGGCUACACAGACGGGAUCAAUUAUUUGUUUUAGAGCUUUCAUGGGUUUUGUUGAUAAUAAAAAUAUUGAAUAUUGCCAGCCAUACCCUGUAAUCUCUAGCUCCACCAUACACUGCAAUGGACAAAUUUGAACAGCGGAGUAUGCUCAUGGUCUUUAGUGACAAGAGGGAGACCUGGAUGAUACAUUGAUUUUUGUUUUCUAUUUUUGAUUUAUUAUUGUGAAAGAAGAACACUGACAUGUAAAUACGAGAGGCUCUUGUAACACCACUUGCAGGAAUGAGUGUAAAUAUGAAAUUUUAUCUUAUUGUUUAAUUCUGAAGAUGGAUGAGAAUGGAAUGACGGAAAUGACGCAUGAGCAGGUGAUGUUGCAGUCAGUGAUAAGAUAAUAAAAUAAUUUCUUGUCCAGUG